GACAUCAUAUGACAGAAGCGCAGACGCCACUCGUAUUCAACCGUUCUCUUGAGCUGUCACAAGUGAAGGAACAAGGACGCAACUCCCUGGAAUCCGACUCGCAAGAAGCGGAAGGCAUUUUAUCACUGAAAUGACAAGCCUUGGUCACUUGCAACAAGUGGCUGCAGUGCAGCGGGACUACAUUGCCCAGCCACGCCUAUGCUACAAGACUGUCACUGGCGUCAACGGCCCACUUGUCAUUCUUGACGAUGUCAAAUUUCCUAAAUUUGCUGAAAUUGUAAAUUUGCAUUUGGCUGAUGGUACAGAGCGAAAGGGACAGGUGUUGGAAGUUAGUGGUUCCAAGGCUGUGGUGCAGGUAUUUGAGGGAACCUCAGGUGUAGAUGCCAAGCAUACAGUAUGUGAGUUCACUGGAGACAUUCUGCGUACUCCAGUGUCAGAAGAUAUGUUGGGUCGUGUUUUUAAUGGUUCUGGUAAGCCCAUUGACCAGGGACCAACUGUACUGGCAGAAGAUUUUUUGGACAUUCAAGGUCAGCCCAUCAAUCCGUGGUCUCGAACUUAUCCAGAGGAAAUGAUCCAGACUGGUAUUUCAUCCAUUGAUGUCAUGAACUCAAUUGCUCGAGGUCAGAAGAUUCCCAUUUUCUCAGCUGCUGGUCUGCCUCACAAUGAAAUUGCAGCCCAGAUUUGUCGUCAGGCUGGUUUGGUCAACCUGCCAUCGAAAGGUGUACUUGAUGACCACAAGGAUAACUUUGCCAUUGUUUUUGCUGCUAUGGGUGUCAACAUGGAAACAGCACGCUUCUUCAAGCAGGACUUUGAAGAAAAUGGUUCCAUGGAGAAUGUGUGCUUGUUCCUGAACCUCGCCAAUGACCCAACCAUUGAGCGUAUUAUCACCCCUCGUCUGGCUCUGACUACUGCUGAGUAUUUGGCUUACCAGUGUGAGAAGCAUGUACUCAUCAUUCUUACUGACAUGUCGUCGUAUGCUGAAGCUUUACGUGAG